AUGUUUAGAUGGAAGACAUUGAUUAUCUUAAUCGUUUUAGUUUUAACAUUUGUGAAUCAAGAUUGGACACGCAAAUUAAAUUUUUAUGUUAAGGCUAUCCCUUUAAAGAAAACGGAGCUCCUCUCAACUGAGCAAUGUAAUCUGGUUUACGAAAAAAUUGAGAUUUCGACUUUAAGCUAUUUGUUUGAUAAGAACCGGGAAAUUUGCAAGAGUAGAGACAACUCAGACAUAUCAUGGCAGAAAAAGUUACUAAAGGCAGCUCAGCCUCCAUACUUGGAAUUUCAUAAUGAGAUCUACCCAUCAAAGAUGAACUUAGAAAUGGAAUAUUUGGCGGAAAAAAACAGAUCUGCUAUGCUUUCCAGUAUGGGAACAGGAGAUGACCAUUCUAAAUGCUUUAUUUUAGGUUUUUCUGGCUAUGGAAAUAGAGGAAUGUGGUCGGCAGCAGUAGCCAAGGGUCUUGCAUCCCAGUUCUUUGAUAAUAACGUACCUCUUAGGUGGGAUAUAGUUGCUGGAAUUUCAUCUGGCGGUUUUAAUGCCUUAAUAUCAUCACACUUUGUUCCAGGUGGUAAUCUAAUUGAAACCUCACUUCAAAAUAAGUCUAGAUUGUUUAAUUCUACCAACUUGGCACAGAAAUUCUUUAAUAAUACAUUCAUUUUCGAUGACAUGAGUAGUAGAGAUGAUUCUGUUUGCUCUAAUGGUGAUAAGGACAUUAAAUUUGAGUUUUGGUUGAAUUUUGGGAAAAAAGACAAGAAGAAUGUUAAAUGUUAUUCUAAUUCAAACAACAUCAAUAUUAAUGAAAUUUAUCUUUCUGGGGAUCUUAAAAAAAUAGAAAAUGAAUUAAGUUUUACUAAUUACUUAUAUGAAAUCUACAUGAGAGCUAACCCAAAUGUUGUUAAUGAUGACUGUACUGUUCCUACCUCUCAAGAUUCAACCAAAUGGUGGUCAACUAUUCUUCAUACCUUUACCAAUUUUGGAAAGAAACCUAUCAGCAGCUUUUGUACCAUGAGAGGAUGGAAAAAGUUUUAUAGAGAUUCAAUGCUUAAGCUUAUGAGCAAGAAAAGAGAAGCUCUUGUGAGUGCUUCCAGACUUUUUGACGGAACUCUAAUUCAUUGGAGCCUUCAAUAUAUUAUUUCUCAAAUCUACAAUAGAAAUAUUAGCAAACAAAAAAAUAGCAAUAGUAAUGCUAGUGAAGGAAAUACUGAAUGGAUAGAGAUUUCUGAGGAUGAUGCUUCCAAACUUGCUGAUAUUGCAACAGCUAGCAAUGCAGUCUCUGGAGUUUAUAUGCCAAUCGGAGUCAAUAAUGAAUACUUUGUUUGGGGUGGAUUAAGGGGAGAGGCUAAUCUUGAAGCUGCUAUAGAAAGGUGUAAAGAAAUUAAGCCUGGAAUUAACGAGGAAGAUAUAGUUAUUGACUUCAUUACAGGGUCCUAUUAUAGAGAGGAAAUUUUCUUGUCAGGGUCAUACGUUGAGUUACUAGGAAAAGAGCACUACUUUGGUAAAAUCUUUAGAAAAAUUAAAAACUAUUUUCAUAAAACAAAUGAAUAUGCUAGGCCAGACCCUCCUCAGUUGUUUGAACUAUUUAAUAGAGCGUGGGAGUUUAUUACUGCUUCUUCUAGGGGAAUGUUUCCAAUUAAAGCACUAAAAAGAAAAUAUCCAAAGGUAAAGUUAAGAUUCAUUAUCAGACCAAAAACACUCAGGUUCUUCCCUAAAAGUUCUUAUUACUUCCCUGGAUAUAAAGAAAAGAUUCUGAUAAUGACAGAUGGAUAUUAUAUGGGAUACAAUGCUAUAAUUAUUGAUUCUGAUUCAAUUGAAACAAAAAAUUCCGUAUAA